GUCAAUAAUUGGCAGGCUGUGAGUACAAGGUAUGGGGCACAUUCAUUGGUGACACUCGUGUACAUCAUCGGCAGAAGCAUCAGUACAGAUGAGCAGAUGACGGAGUGAUCAAAAAUGAGUGAACAAUCAGAUAAAAACAAUUCCACUCGAGAGGGACACAAAGACCAAAGUUCCCCUGAGAAAAACUGUCAGAUUGGACAGAAGCAACUGCAACAAAUAGAGCGGCAGCUAAAAUGCUUGGCAUUCCAAAACCCUGGACCACAGGUCGCAGACUUUAAUCCUGAGACAAGGCAGCAGAAAAAGAGAGCACGGAUGUCGAAGAUGAAUGAGUACUUUUCUGUAAAGUACAAAGUUAUGAAGAAGUACGACAAAAGUGGCAGGUUAAUCUGUAAUGACGUCGACCUGUGCGACUGCCUAGAAAAAAACUGCCUGGGCUGCUUCUAUCCCUGUCCCAAAUGUAACUCCAACAAGUGUGGACCUGAGUGCCGCUGCAACCGCCGCUGGGUGUAUGAUGCCAUUGUCACAGAGUCUGGGGAGGUCAUCAGCACACUGCCCUUCAAUGUUCCAGACUAGAAGCUGUUGGGCAUGGACUGGUGUAUUCUUCUUAUACCUCUCAGUCAACCACUUUCCCUUGGAUGAGUUUUAGGGUUUGGAUAAAAUGUUGGGAAAUGAACCCCAUGUUCUCCCAAGCCACAGAACAUGGUAGAGAAUCAGUGUAUUCUCCUAUUCCCUAACUUGUGACCAAAGGAUGUGACAAUGGAUACAUGAGAAUUUCUCACCAGC